GUGCCGGGACGCGGAACGGCCGCCCGAACGGGAACGCAAUGGCACCGACGUGGGCGCUGCUGGGCUGCGUUCUGCUGCUCCCCUCCCUGCGAGGGGAUCCGGACGGCUGCGGCCCGGGUUGGGUGCCGACCCCCGGCGGCUGCCUCGGCUUCUUCAGCCGGGAGCUCAGCUGGAGCCGCGCCGAGUCGUUCUGCCGCCGUUGGGGUCCCGGUUCCCACCUGGCGGCGGUGCGCAGCGCGGCGGAGCUGCGGCUCCUCGCGGAGCUCCUCAACGCGUCGCGGGGCGGCGACGGCAGCGGGGAGGGGGCGGACGGCCGCGUCUGGAUCGGCCUCCACCGCCCCGCCGGGAGCCGUUCGUGGCGGUGGUCGGACGGCACCGCGCCGCGCUUCGCUUCGUGGCACCGAACGGCCAAAGCGCGGCGGGGGGGGCGGUGCGCGGCGCUGCGGGACGAGGAGGCCUUCACCUCGUGGGCCGCCCGGCCGUGCACAGAGCGCAAUGCCUUCGUCUGCAAAGCCGCCGCCUGAAUGGACAACAACACAACAACACAACAACACAACAACGCAACAACGCAACAACGCAACAACGCAACGACCCCCAACACUGCAAUAAACGGACCCACAGCAGCA